GUUACCUGACUAUUCAUUGAACCCAGUGUGAAAGGCCAGACGUAUGUACAUUCAAUCAUUUUUAUUUUAAGAUACAAACGGAGUAGCAUCGCUACACAAAUGGAUGCCAGUCUAUUCAAAUGUUUGGUUUUAGUGGGAGCAGUUUGUCGAGUGUAUUCCUAUGGUGAUGGUGCUCCACUUAAAGCUUGUGUGAAUUUAAUGCCACAACAUCAUGGAAUUGACGCACAACCACCAAAUUCACCGUACACCAUCAUGGUUUCGUCAACUACAUAUCAUCCCAGUCAACAAAUAAAAGUUGCAAUCACAGGAGGGGGUAAUCAUCGAGGUCUAUUAGUUCAAGCAAGGACAUCUAAUUCAAUAACACCAGUUGGAACCUUCUUUUCUCCAUCAGCCAACACCAAAACAACCAAAUGUAAUGCUACUGCAGAUUCCUGGACCCAUUCCUCUGACGCAGAAAAAAAUUCAUCAACCGUAACAUGGACAGCCCCCUCUACUGACAUGGGACAGAUUACUUUCAAGGCUACUAUUGCCAAGGAUAAAAAUCACUACUGGCUGAACCACGAAUCUGCAGCUAUAAGAUAUACGUCUGGGACUACCAAUAUCCAAUUCGGGGUUGAUUCAGUUUUAGCUGUCGUCAUCUCAGUCUUUUACUUGUGAUACAAUAAAACAACUGUUUGUAAUGUUCUAAAUAGAAAUCAGCCAAAUGUUCUUCUUUGCCACGUGUUAUCCUUUAAUUAUGCAGGAGCUAAAUCUGCCUAUUGCAGGUCUUUCUUUAGACCUGAAAUGUUAUAUAAAUUAUUAGUAAAAAAUUAUAUUUUUGAAAAAAAAAUCCAACUUAUGAGUGUUUUCUGUGUAAUUUGUUUGUAACUUGUCUAAUUUUUUCACAGAACUCAAAUACUGCCUUUAAUAAGAAAGAUUUUUUCAUGACAUGGCAGUAAAAAAUUAUAUUUUU